AUGUAUCAAAAUUUACAAAUAAAAGAAAAAGAAUAUAAAAUAGUCAUAUUAGGUGCAGGCGGUGUUGGCAAAUCUUCAAUCACUUUACAACUAGUACAAAAUAAAUUCAUUGAGGAUCAAUAUGACCCAACUAUAGAAGAUAUCUUUAAAAAGGAAUUGUUUUUCCAAAACAAUUAUUAUUCAUUAAACAUUCUGGAUACUGCUGGUCAAAGUGAAUAUUCUCAAUUAAGAGAAAACUAUAUGAAAUUAGGUCAAGGGUUUUUGUUUGUUUAUUCAAUUGAAUCAAGAACCUCAUUUUUAGAAUUACUUAGUCAUUAUCAACAAUUAUUAAGAGCCAAGAAUUUCCCUCAGGAAAAAUCUGAAAAGGCAUUGAACCAAUCAAUACCCAUCGUAGUAGUAGGUAAUAAAUCAGAUUUAGAUUAUGAAAGAGAAGUCACUUACGACGAGGGGAUAAAUAUCGCCAAGAAUUUUGGAGAUUUCCCCUUUUUGGAAACGUCUGCCAAAUCAAAUAUAAACAUUUUAAAAGCUUUUGAAAUCUUGAUUAAACAGAUAGAUUCCAACGUGGAAAAUUCCACUACAACCAACGAUGAUGAAUUUGGCUUUUUAGAUAAUGAAAAUUCAAGUUUACGUAAUAUCCAUACCACCACAAUAAUGUCCACAGAAACUUCAAUUACAAACGCAACAACUCUUACCACUACAGAAACUACUACUCUACAUAAUACAAGCUCAAUUAUUCGUAGAGAUUCCACUCAUGAUAUUGCCAAUGAUAUAAUAUCUGAUCCUUUACCACCUUCAACACACGACCAUUCCAAAAAUAUCAAUUCUCAAUUGCAAUCUUCAAAUAGAUCGCAUCAUCAUGAUUAUGAAAAAAAUCAAAUCAAUAAUCUUUUCUUGGAUGAAAAUCCAAAUUUAAUUAGAUUUAAAUCAAACACACAUACUUCAAAUCCUGUUUAUGACAAUGAUGGUGAUGGUGAUUCAAUAUUAUUAAGAACUUUUGGAAUACCAUUAUCAAAACCAAGAGAUGAUGAUCUUGAUGAUGAUGAUAAUGACGAGGACGACGAAGAAGAUGAAGGUGACGAUGAAUUCGAUUGCCCAAGAUCCCACGCUAUAAAUAAUUUCAACGAAUUGUCGUUAACAGAAUCAAAAGAUCCCAUCUCAAAUCAAGGUUACCAAUCGCCAAAUGAAAAAAUUGAUCAAGAUUUGAAAAAAUUCCAUUUCAAAAAUAGCAAUGGUACUACCACUAGUAAUAAAAACACAAUCUCUUAUAAAUUAGAUGAUGAUUCAAAUCCAAAUUGUAAUUGUUCUACAAACAAUAAUUCCACUCCAAAUUAUAGUUUCCCCGAUAGUGAACAAACCUUGGGUGGUACAGAACAUUCUUCGUUUGCAGAUUUCUUUGACAAGAGGAAACCUUCUGCUGCUUCUUUACCAAUUAAUAAAAUUUAUUCUUCUCCAAAAGUUUUUGAUGAUAGAUAUUCCAAAAGAGUUACUACAAAUACUAGUAAUCAUACCAAUAUGAGUAAUCAUACCAAUAUGAGUAAGAAUUCUAAACAAAAAUUAACCCAUAAUUGUAAUAAAGCAAGAAAAUCAUCCAAGGCCAAUGAAUCAAGAAAAUCUAUUUCUGCUAUAGUGUCCAAAGCAACUAUAGAUAGAAAUAAAAAUUAUACAACCAAAAAAUUAUCUACAUCAUCUGCUUCGUCUAGUUCUCCAACUACUGAUUUUAAAAAAUCAACACCUGCAAUGUCAUCCUCAGAAUUAGGAACUUUGCCCUCGUCUCCUUCAACUUCAUCAUUACCAAAAAUAUCAUCUCUUCCAUCUUCUAUUUUUACUUCCAAAUUAAAAUCUACAAGAGAUAAAGGUUUUGUAGAAACUGGUAUCAAAGCUGGCUCAAAGGGCAAGGAUAUUUGCAUUAUUGCAUAA